AUGCCCCCAUCUCACAGUUUGCUCCUCUCCACAGUGUUCCAGCUCACAUGGCUGGGCUCGCUGGCUGAUGAUCGCUUCCAGACGGUCAAAUGGCGUUGCUUUCCGCGGUUCUCUUAUCAGUCCGGUUUAGGUAAUCCCUGGAUGGGCGGACGCGGGCCCGCGUGGGGUUUCAUUGACCGUUUCUUUUCAGACAAUCUCAGGGACCGGCAUGUCCCGACAUCGGCCUUGACAAUGAGGGACCGCAGAACCGCAGGACUACCGCGGGACGGCGGGAGGCUCUGGAGCUCUGGAGCAGAGGCGGCUCUGGAGCUUGUCGUCUUGGCCGGUGUGCUGGAGAGACUGGAUCACAAAGCGGGAGCUAAGCAGCCAAUGGACCGUGGGAAUUGGCAAUAUCCUGGAUAA